AUGAUGCUAGAUGAGUCUUGUGCGAGUGGCGAACAAAGUGUAACAGACACUGCUUCCCUCGUGUCAGCUGCGAUAACAGUGAAUGUCGAAACACAAACAGAAGAACAGAGUGAAACGAGCACCGCUUCUUGCGUGUCAACAGUGACAAAAGUGGACACCGAAACACAAACCGAAGAAUUUGACUACCUUCUGAAUGCUAGGCAAAGUGGGAACAAGGCACCAGAUAGAGAAUUUUUUAAUACGGACGAAAAAGUUCGAUUUUACACCGGACUGCCUUCUUGGGAAAUACUCGAGGUGGUGUUUGAGCAUGUUGCCAAGUACAUUACCCGCCGCACACAAUCCCUGAACAGAUUUCAGGAAUUUAUCAUGGUGCUCAUCAAGCUGCGGCUAAACGUUCCCUCUCAAGACCUAGCUUACCGGUUUGUGGUUUCAAUAUCCACAGUUUCAAGGAUCUUUUCAUCGUGGAUGAUGGUGAUGGAUACCCGACUGUCUCCCCUGGAUUUUUGGCCAGACAGGGAAAGACUAUGGAGGACAAUGCCUAUGUCCUUUCAGUAUGCCUUUGGUAAGCAGGUCACAGUAAUAAUUGACUGCUUUGAGGUGUUUAUUGAUAGGCCAACAAACUUACUUGCCAGGGCACAGACUUUUUCUAAUUAUAAGCACCAUAACACAGUAAAAAUUCUUAUUGGAAUUACUCCACAAGGAACUGUCUGUUUUGUGUCUGAAGCUUGGGGUGGCCGCACCUCUGACAAGUACUUGACUGAGAAUUGCGGGUUUUUAGAAAAUCUACUUCCUGGUGACAUGGUCAUGGCUGAUGGGGGAUUUACUAUUUGUGAUAGCGUUGGGCUGAAACAAGCCAAGUUAGUAGUCUCAGCAUUUACUAAGGGAAAGUCACAGUUAGAUCCUGUAGAUGUGGAGCAAACAAGGGGCAUUGCAAAUGUGAGAAUCCAUGUGGAGAGAGUUAUUGGUUUGUUGAAGCGAAAGUACACCAUUCUAGAAGGAACACUGUCUACAGAUUUUCUCUCUUCCAACCGCAGAGGAACUCCAGAUACUAAGAUCCCCAUGAUAGCCCAAAUUGUAAGGGUUUGUCCUGCCCUUGUUAAUUUAUGCCCUCCAAUAAUUCCUUUUGAUUAA